AUGGAUUCCAAGGAACAACAACACGAUUCUGAAGACAGCAGCGCGCUACAGGCCUCGCCGGACGCGCCAUCUUCAGAGAAACAGCAAGAUGAUUCACAACCGCCAAAUGGGGGUUUUAUGGCCUGGCUACAAGUUGCUGGCGCCUGGACAAUCAUGUUCAACGUCCUUGGCUUGCUCAACUCGUAUGGUCAGUUUCAAAACAUCUAUGAGACGGAUCUUCUCAAGAAUGAGUCUGCUUCAACAAUCGCAUGGAUUGGCUCGACCCAGUUCCUCGUCUGCUACCUAGUCUGCAUUUUCACUGGUCCACUUCUGGAUACGGGACACCUCCACCUCCUCCUCGGCAUUGGAACCGUAGUCAUGGUCUUUGGCUUAAUGAUGGUCAGCUUGUGCCAUUCAUACUACCAAUUCUUUUUGGCCCAGACCCUCGUGACUGGCAUUGGCUUUGGUCUCAUCUUCUUGCCAGCUUCGUCAGUCGUGUCGCAGUGGUUUUCUACUCGCACUCCUCUCGCCAUUGGAAUCUCGGUGAGCGGAUCAAGUAUUGGUGCUAUCAUAUACCCCAUAAUGCUUGAACGCCUUACAGGACAGAUUGGGUUUCCGUGGACGGUACGGAUCAUAGGAUUCAUGACCCUCGGUACCAUGCUCUUCGCUGCUGCCGUGAUGCGAGUACGAGUUGGAAAGAAUCCACGAAAGAGAAAAGUUAUCGACCUCAGACAUUUCAAGGACAAGCUCUACCUCAUUGCUUGUCUGAGCUUCUUCGUCAAUUUCCUGGGACUUUAUGUCUUCUAUUACUUUAUUUCCCUGUACGCCAUCGAAGUGGCCGGUACCGACCAGAGUCUUGCCAAUUACCUCCUCCCCAUCCUGAACGCCGGGUCCUUUUUCGGCCGUCUCAUUCCCAACUGGCUCGCCGGGCGCUAUGGACUCAUGAAUGUGCAGAUUAUCUUCGGAAUCAUUUCUGGUGCCUUGGCUUUUGCUCUCUUGGGCAUUAAGACCACAGGUGGCGUCGUUGCUUUCACCGUCAUCUACGGUUUCGUCUCCGCUCCUUACGUCUCUCUUCCUAUCCCGAUAGUGACGAGCCUAUCGCCCGAUAAGAGUGUCUGGGCAACACGACUGGGAAUGAGUUUUGCCAUCAUUGGCUUCGGCGCACUCAUCGGCAGCCCUGUAGCGGGUGCUAUUAUCGGGGACAACGAUAAUAGGAACUGGACCGGUAUGAUCGUUUGGUGUGGAGUCAUGUUCUUCGCUUCCACCGCCAUUCUUACUACUGUGCGUACUAUGAAAGUGGGCUUCAAGCUCUUUGUGAAAGUCUGA